AUGCGUGGGUGCACACUCUUUGUUGACAAUAAAACAUAUCCAAGAAAAUCCACAAAAAUACUCCGAAAAAUGAAAAUAGCGAAGCAAACCAGUAAACACCUACCAUUCGAUCGUAUUGCGAAGUACUUUGCGAAAAGCAAUUAAUGCUCAGAAACUCGAAUUGGCGCCUGCGCGUAAACACACACCUACACUCACUGACACACACUGUGGCGCUCCCGUGAUCCAGUGCGUGCGUGUGUAUUAGAGUCCAGAAAACCUGGUCAAUUGACAUGCAAACAUUUACGCGAUGCGACGUUGGCCCAAGUCAACACUUAACAUUAACAAAUGCCUUACUACAAUACUGGUCGGCCAAUUUGUUCUUUGCUUUUUGUCUGGCGCUUUUCAUUAUUAUUGUUUGUUUGGCGGCGACGGCGGCGCCCGUAAAAAGCCGUUAGAAAAGCGGGAAGCUGAAUUCGUUGGCGUUGGUAAGUCGCGAAGCAAAAAAACGUACGAAAACGCACUUUUAUUUUAAAUAAGAUAUGCGUGUUGUUUUACCCCGCAAUGUAUCCGAUAUAGACCACUUCCGCUGUAUUUUUCAAAUAUUCGCAGAGGGAACCAAUAGCAACGCGGGUAAGAUUCAGUAUAAAAAGAAAUAAAUGUUUGCAAGAGCUUAAAUAGACUCGGCUCUCAUGAAAAGCUCCCUCUCUAACAAAAUAUAAGGGGCGGAUAAGCAAUGUUUAGCAGCUUACUCUCUUUUGUUGCUGCGACAAAUUCUUGCUGAGACAAAGUUGCAAUGAUGUUGCAGACACAAAGCUUGUUAAUAAUAUUAAUAUUUUUUUAUAACAUAUAGAAACACAUUUUAUCAAAAUUGAAUAUUCUAAUUCCAAGUGCUGAAAAACCUAUAGAAAUCUUGUAAUGUUUCGAUGUUAUUAUUUUUCUAGCUUCGAUCAUGUUGCCAAAAAAUAUUUUUAAUUUCUCCCUUGCAAACCCACUUGCUGCUGAGUAACGGGUACCUGAUAAAACGUUCUCUUAUGUCUGCGUUAGCUAUUCAUAGGGGGCUAUAAAGCUAGGACUCUUGCGUUUUAAAAGCGAUUAGGGUUUUCCUUAUCGAUAUCUAAUCGAUGUUUGAGAUAUCGCUCGACAAUCGCACGACAAAUAAGAUGCGCAACGUCCAUAGAUUCGUUUUGCAGUAAGCAGAUAUUAUUAAUAUAUAUGUAUAUUAUUUUAUAUAUUUUAAGUUAUUUCGCUGGUGUGGAAAGCCAUCGUUUCGCCUCGCAAGCAGUUGAGAUUGUGGAGAUCUAAGAGUAGAAUAGGGUUUCUUUAUUAAACAUAUUCAAUAGUUUAUGUCGACACUAAUGAUAAAUAUAAUCCAAAUCAAAAUAAUUAGUCCGCUUUAAUAAAUCCCAGACCAAAAUAAAUACUUUGACACCG